AUGUCAAAUAGGUUGGAAUCAUUAACAAAGAAAUCAAAUUCUAAACCUUCUUUGAAGUUCAAGCCUAAGGCUGUUGAAAGAAAAUCUAAGGAAGAAAGAGAUAAAACUGUAAAGCUUAAACAAGAGAACGAAGCUGUUGCAAGACCUAAAACUCGUGGUACUGGUAGACCAACAAGAGGUAGAGGUGGGAAACAUAAUAAUUACGCAGGAACCCAUGUUGUUUCUUCUGGUUUAUUUGCAUCAGGGGCUGUCUCUGUAGGUAAUUCGGGUCCCCAAUCCACCAUUGUAGGACACAGUAUCUCUCCAAGUCCAGAAUUCAUCCAAAGUUUGAAAUUAAAAGAUAAGAAAUCAAGUUCUGGAUCUAGUGAUUCAGAUGACGAGGACGAUGAUUUAACAAAGAUAGAUAUGAACAAGGAAUACAGAUUUGAUGAGUCAGAAACGAUAUUGUUCCCUGUAAGACCUGAAAGAUAUCAAAGUGAUUUCAAAAGGGAAAGUACUCCCCUCAAAGAACAAUCUCCUGUAAAAGAAGAAUCCCCAAAACUAGAAGAUGAACCAGAGUUCGUUAAAGAGUCAUCUGUCAAAAGUGAAAACAUAGAGACAGAGUUACAGCAUAUAUUAAACACAAAAGCUGAUUUAGAGUCUAAAAUCGCUCAACCAGUCGAUUUACUUGAUAUGGAAGAAUCAGAAAAGUUGGAUCAAGACCGUAAAAUUAUAAUUGACUCAUUAACAAACAGGUUCGAACAAUUAUCCACUGAAAACAAAUUUACUUUAAUACAAUUACCUAAAAUAUUACCCCAAUUCGAAAAUAAAAACAAAAAGCGUUCGGGAAGCACAUCUCAAAAGAACAGUCCUAGAAAGUCCAUUCCACAAAGUCCAAAAACUGUUCUUCCAGUAGAAACAAAGAAAGAAAACAAAUUUGCAUCGAGUCUCACAUCUUUGAAUGGGCAAGUGGGAAGUAUCAAUUUCCAUAAAUCUGGUAAAAUAAGUUUGAACUUAGGUUCAGAUAUCAACUUAGAUUUGACAGCUGGUGUUCCUUCAAAUUUCUUACAAGAACUUGUUGUUUUGAAAAUGAAUGAAGAGACUGAGACUGAUAUCAAAGUUAAAGAUGAACUGAUGAAUGAUAUGGAGGUCGAUGAAGAGCCAGAAAAGAUAAGAGGUCUGGUUGGUAAAUUGGGUAUAGUGGAUGGAAAAUUGAUUGCCACUCCUGUAAUUACAUAA